CGUCUGCCGAGUUCUCACGGCACGAUUUACUCUCUCACUUUAUCUUUCUCUGCACCGUUUUCUCUCCCUAGAUUCGUCAAGUCUCAAAGGCAUGCUUGUUUAAUUAUAUUUUCAGUCUGUGUAAUUAUGAAAAACUCAUAUAUGUAGAAUAAUUGAAGAUGAAGUUGCAAUUUUGAGCGGACUACGAUCUAGGGGUUUUCGAGUUUGGAUUUGGGCGUUUGUGGGUUUAUUUAAAAAGCUUGGAGGAUUUGAUUUAUUAGGGUUUUGAUACGAAAAGGGAAAAUUUAGGGGAAAUUAAAUUGAUUUAAUAGUUGUUUAGUGCUGCAGUUUUUGGUUGCGUAAAAAUUGGGAGAAGUGCAAAGAAGCAAUCUUUAUUAUUCAUUGGAGGGUUUGGAGGGAAGGUGGUGAGGGGAGUAGUAGGAAUCUGCAGAGUAUCAGACAGUGCCUGCGCUCUACUUCAAUUGCUGCAGAUUUUUUAGUUCGAUUUUCAGGAGUGACAAGAAGAAAUAGAUAAGCUCUUAUACAAACGUGACAAGAAUGCAUGCAUCCUUGCAGCCUGGUGGUCAUUCUCCAAAGCAAGUUAAUGGUCCGACUUCAACCUCACAAUUGAAACCUGGUUCAGAUAAAAGUCAGAACAAUGGGACUUCUUUCCCACGUCAAAUCAAAGGUAAGAAGAGGGAAAGAGGAGAUCAUGGCACUGAUUCCAUCAAAAGGGAAUGUUCUUCAAGAAUCGAUGAUGGUGAUUCUGUUCAACACAAAACUGAUAGUAAUUUGAAAUCAGAGAUAGCAAAAAUAACAAAAAAGGGAGGAGUUGUGGAUUUGGAAGGAGUUGAGAAGCUCGUCCAACUAAUGCAAUUGGGUAGAAUGGAGAGAAAAUUGGAUUUGGUUAGUCGUUCAAUGCUUGCAGGUGUGAUGGCUGCCACUGAUAAAUUUGAUUGUCUUAGUCGGUUUGUUCAGCUUAGGGGUUUGGCUGUAUUGGAUGAGUGGCUCCAGGACAUCCAUAAAGGGAAGAUUGGUGAUGGUAAUAAUUUGAAGGACAGCAAUGCAUCUGUGGAGGAAUUUCUUUUGGUUUUACUUCGUGCACUUGAUAAGCUCCCUGUUAACCUUCAAGCCCUUAAAAUGUGCAACAUUGGUAGAUCAGUGAAUCAUUUACGUUCACAUAAAAACAUUGAAAUCCAGAGAAAGGCUCGGAGCUUAGUUGUCACGUGGAAGAAACGUGUUAAGGUUGAAAUGACUAGCAUUGAUGCAAAGUCUGGUUCAACUCAAGCUGUAUCUUCAUGGCCUUCCAAAUCAUGCCUUCCAGAGGCCUCUCAUGGUGGGAACAGAAAUUCAAGUGUUGCCGAUGUUGCCAUGAACAGCUCAAUAACUCAGCAUUCUGCAUCUAAAACUUCUUCACAUGGGGAAAGUAACACAAAGUCGGCAUCCUCAUCUCCAGGUUCAAUGAAAUCUGCAUCAUCUCCUGCAUUUGGCAAGAGCCAUCCCAGAAUUUCUGCGGAUUGCACUUCUGAUACCCCUCUAAUUAGGGAGGACAGGAGCAGUAGUUCCAAUCAGUCUCAUAAUUACUGUCAGUCUUCCUCAGCAAAAGAUGGGAAGAGUUCCACUGCUGGUUUAGUGACCAUUAAUAAGAUAUCCAGUGGAAGUUCACAUCAUCGAAAAGCAAGUGGCUUUCCUGGGACCUCACUCACUGGACGUCAGAAAGAAACCAGCUCAGGCAGAAGUUCUUCAGUGCACAGAACUAGUGCUUUAGAAAAGUUAUCUCCGUCUGCUUUAACAAACGAAAAGGCUGUAGAGGGGCCCAUUAUUGAAGGAAGUGGUCAUAAGUUAAUUGUUAAGAUAACAAAUCGGGUUCGGAGUCCUGCACAAUGUGCUAUUGGAGGAUCUCUAGAAGAUCAUUCCAUUAUGAGCUGUCGAGAUUCUUCUCCCGUGUUCUCAGACAAACACCACAAUCCAAAGGACGAGAGUGAUGCAUAUCCAUGUAAUGUUCCUACGGAGAUGAAAGCAGAAUCAUGGCAAAGCGACGAUUUGAAAGAUGUGUUGACUAGGUCAGAUGAAUGUACUGAGUCACCUUUAGCUUUUCCCCUCAAAGAGCAAAGUAGGAGCACUGAAAACUGCCAGAAAUUCAAUGAAGGCACCAAAGGAAAUCAAUUGGAGUCUGGAAAGUUGCACAAGAUUACAUUCAGUCCCAUGAAUGCUUUAAUUGAAAGUGUUAAGUAUUCUGAAGCAAAUUCAUCUUUAUCACUUGAAGAUGAUGUGGGAAUUAACCUACUUGCUAGUGUGGCUACUGGAGAAAUGUCAUCGCCUACCGGUUCUACAGAAAGCACACCUGCAGUUGACGAGAAAGCCAGAUCAAAGUCUUCUUCUAAAGAUCAUAUCGCAGGGGUGAGAAGUCCAAGUUCUCAUGAUGCUGAUCAUGCUAGAAAGCUGGCUGGUUUAGUUGGUAGUGUGUUGACCGAAGAUGGAUUAUAUCAGCCUAAACAUGCAUUGCUUGAAUUAUCUGGUGACCGAAAAUGUGCUCCAUCCAGUACAUCUGUAGAGAUAUAUGCUAGACAGAGUGAUGCACACUUUGACUCUUCUAGCACUGAUCUGCAAAGCACUGCAGAUCCUAAGGAGGAGAUCAUUGAGAAGUCUAAUGAAAUGAAGGUUACCACUUCUUUGGCGCUUCCCAUCUCCAUGGAGAAGAUAGUUGAUGGUAAAUUGGGUAAACAAGUUGACAAUGAAAAAGCCAUUUUAAGAAAUGUUAACGUUAUUGGUGUUUCAGAUUGUAAAACUGGCCAAACAGAAAUGAUAAGUGGAGACAAGGUCACCACUGAUCAUUUACGUGCGGAAGUGAGUAAGGUAACUGUUGAAGGUCCAUCGUUUAAUCAACGGUGUGAAGGUGACUACAAAAGUGGUGUGAAUGAAGGGUUGAACACUGGAAUUCACUCUCAGCAGAAACCAAUUGUUGCCAUUGCCAAGCAUGAACUUACAGAAGGAGGUAGUGAUGAAGAGCUGCAGCAAACAUUAUCUCAUCAGAAAUCAAUUUUGGAAAAUUGUGAAGUCAAAGUGGGUAAAGCAGAUGAAAAUGAUACUAAGGGUUACAUCUGCCAAUCUGAAAGAGAGAGCUUAGAUAAGGGUAUGGACAAAAGUGUGGCUGUAGAAGGUCAAGUGGUAUCUGGUCUGUAUUCCCGUGCUAACGAUCUCAAGAAUCAUCGUGUAGAUGUCAUUGGAGAAAAUAAGGAGAUUCCGGAGCAUGCUUCGCUUCCUGAAAAUUUGCAACUUGAAUCUCUGGCUCGCGAAGGGAAAAAAAACAGAGUGUUGAGGGAAUCCAAGAAUGCUGGCCUUGAAGUAAAUGAAACAGACGACUGCGUUUCAUCUGGUGCAGGAGCAUCAGAUCUGAACACAAAGAUAAAGUUCGACUUAAAUGAAGGUUUUACUGCUGAUGAUGGGAAGUAUGGGCAGCUGGUCAAUAUGAUAGCCUCUGGUUCGACCCCAGUUCAUAUGAUCAAUGGGGCACCUUUUGUCAUAAAUCCUAUUACCAGUGCCCUUCCUACUUCCAUUACUGUGGCUGCUGCCGCCAAAGGUCCCUUUGUUCCUCCAGAUGAUCUCUUGAGAAUUAAAGGGGAACUUGGAUGGAAGGGAUCAGCUGCCACUAGCGCAUUUCGGCCUGCUGAACCCAGGAAGGUUCCUGAAAUACCAUCCGAGGCUAAUAGCACAACUUCCCCUGAUGCUUCUACUGGUAAAAAUGGCCGCACACCAUUGGAUAUCGACCUGAAUGUGCCAGAUGAAAGAGUUCUUGAGGAAAUGGCUUCUCGAUGUUCUGGUUCUGCUGUUGUUUCAUCAUCUGGUUAUGCAAGCAAUUGUCAUAUGGUGCAGAAUGAGAGGACAGGUUCUUUGCCAUUCCUUUGCUCGGGAGGCCUGGAUCUUGAUUUGAAUAGAGUUGAUGUAUCAAAUGAUAAUGGUCAGUGCUCAGCUAGUGGUAAUCAUAAAGUGGAGAGUCCUGUUGUGUCUAUUCAGCCAUUAGGUGGUUUACCUACACGUAAUGUUAGGAUGGAUUUUGAUCUCAACAAUGGGCCUGGAGUUGAUGAAGCUAGUGGUGAACAGCUUUUAAUGAACCAGCAGGGCAAGGGUGGUAUAUCAUCUCAGCUACCUACUGCUGGCCUUAAAAUGAAUAAUUCUGAACUGGGGAAUUUCUCGUCUUGGUUUCCACCAGCAAAUACUUACUCAACCAUGAAAAUUCCACCAAUAUUACCAGAUCGAGGGGACCAUCCCUUUCCCAUAGUUCCUUCUGGUGCACCACAGAGAAUAUUUAGUUCUACUGGCGAUACAAUAUUUACCCGUGAUUUUCACCGGGGAUCAGUGUUAUCAACUCCUGCAGUGCCUUUUCCACCUGGACAUUUCCAGUACCCUGGUUUUGCUUUCACAUUUCCAGUUGGGCCAACCUCUUAUGUGGAUUCAUCGUCUGGUGGAAGGGUAUUUACACCUCAUGUCAAUUCACAGUUAUUGGGAACUGUUGAUGCUGUCUCGUCCCAACUUCAAAGGCCUCAUGUAUUCAGCCUUCCUGAUGGUUGCAGUAACUGGGGGUCGGAGGGCAACAGAAAGUGGGGCAAACAGGCACUGGAUCUCAAUGCAGGCCCUGGAGCCAUGGGUGCAGAUGGAAAAGACGAGAUGUUGAGGCAAUUCUCUGUUGCCAAUUCACAAGUGCUCGUGGAGGAGCAAGCGAGGUCAUUAUCAAUUUCAGGUGGCAUUCUGAAGAGGAAGGACCCUGAGGGAGGACGGGAUAAUGAGAGCUUCAGGUACAAGCAGUCUUCAUGUCAAUAGGAUUGUAUACUAGUGCAUAUAACAACUGUUAGUCCUGUAAGUGUUUUUUUUUUUCAUCUCAUUGUGUAAUAAAAAUAGAUGAUGUUGGGAUAAUCUAUUGUUAGUAAUACACAAUGCUCGAUGUAUCUGAGAAAUUUCUCUGCUGAAUUACCUUUUCGAAUUGAGAUUCUGGCACUUGGAUAUA